AUGGCAGCCGGAAGGACCCUUGCGAUUGGGGCGUGCGCGAGGUCCUAAUUUAAAGACGUUACACGACUUCCGGUUCGGUUUAAGAUGGCUGCGCCUAGUGCUGGGUUCCAACCUCGUGAGGGGCGCGGUGGGGAGCAGGGACAGGGCUGGGAUCCUGUGGCGCCUAAGCGGCCCCGACUCGGGGCAGGAAGCAAGAUCGGAGGCCGUAGGCUCAUUGUGGUUCUGGAAGGGGCCAGUCUGGAAACAGUCAAGGUAGGGAAGACGUACGAAUUACUGAACUGUGAUAAGCACAAGUCUGUGUUGUUGAAGAAUGGACGGGACCCGGGGGAAGUGAGACCAGACAUAGCUCACCAGAGUUUACUGAUGCUGAUGGACAGUCCCCUGAACCGAGCUGGCUUGCUGCAGGUUUAUAUUCACACACAGAAGAAUGUACUGAUUGAAGUAAACCCCCAGACCCGAAUUCCCAGAACCUUUGACCGUUUUUGUGGCCUCAUGGUUCAGCUUUUACACAAACUCAGUGUUCGGGCAGCUGAUGGCCCCCAGAAGCUCUUGAAGGUAAUUAAGAAUCCAGUGUCAGAUCACUUCCCAGUUGGGUGUAUGAAAAUCGGAACUUCUUUUUCCAUCUCAGUUGUCAGUGACGUACGAGAGUUGGUGCCCAGCAGUGACCCUAUUGUUUUUGUGGUUGGGGCCUUUGCCCAUGGCAAGGUCAAUGUGGAGUAUACAGAGAAGAUGGUGUCCAUCAGCAACUACCCCCUUUCUGCUGCCCUCACCUGUGCAAAACUUACCACAGCCUUUGAAGAAGUGUGGGGGGUCAUCUGACAGUAGAACCUUGUUCUGAAACAGACUGUCGACAUUGCAUCCCUUGACUCCGCUUUCAACUCACUGCCAGAAGAGGACCUUCCUGCCCUGAGACUGUGGAGUUCAGGGAAGCUGAGGCUGUACAAUUGCUCUUUGUUUAUCCUAUAAAUACUGUUCUUGGA